GAUGACAGUUUUGUGGUUCCACUUUUGGCACUUAAUGUUUGGUUGUGUUGUCAUGUUUUCAUCCAUUCCGGUAAAGGUGAGCUGAUUAAAACCCUCUACUCUUCUGCUGGUGAGUACUGAAAAUGGCUUAAAUCCCUUCAUUAAAAAAGAUUGGCACCCGAGAUGUGUGUUUUAUGGUUAGGUUCAAGUAAUCCACUGAAUGACGGAGUGAUAUUCGAAUAAAUUUUUCCAUUUUGUUUUUUUGCUGCAGUUGUUAUGUGGGCUGUUCCCCUAAUCUUGAGGGUGAUUUCUUUAGUGCUGAAUGUAGUGUUCAGGAUUUAGGCUGCCACGUGCACUGGAGCUGUUCUGAUGUCAGUGCCACCUCCAUGACCUUCACUGUCCAGACAAAGAGUCAAGGGGCAGAAUGGCAGAAUGUCUCUCACUGUAUCCAGAUCUCCUCUGAUAGUUGUGAUCUGUCUCAGGCCUUCAAGGACUUUGAUCUCUAUAAGCACGUCAUGCUGGGACUGAACCAGGGACAUGGGAAAAUUAAUUGGACCGAACCACAGCUUUGUGACCCGAUCAAAGACGCGAAUGCGAGAUUUAGCCCCCCCUCAGUGUCCAUCUCUCUGAAGGAGCAGCAGCAGCUCUGGGUGAAUGUGAACUUCCCAUGUGCUCCAAAUGCUGUCUGUCAAGGGGAGGAUGAAGAGGCUCCUCCAACCUGCUGUCCCCUCACUGAUUUCCUGGAGCUGAACACCACAGUCAUUCUUUAUAAUAAACAUAUGACGGAAAAUCAGACUCGCACCGAGAUGGUGGAAGGUCAUCCGUUGAUGGUGCAGUUUGGUGGGCUCGUGCGAGGUCAAGAGUACUGCACCGUAGCCCACUUUGCCUCCUCUCCCCUCUCGAAACCACAGUGUGUCCACAUCCCACUGCUGGGCCCUUCAGAAAAUCGAGCUCUUUUUGUCCUGGCCCUAUGUGGUGCCUUCAUUGCUCUUCUUCUCGUUGCGGGGUUUGUGCUGAGGAGAUGGUUGUGUUGGUGUGCCUCAACAGACCUCAGAUUCCCUAAAUCUCUGGUGUCUUUUUUGAGUCAGGAUCAGGAGGGUCCUGUUGUGGAUGAACCCAGACAGGCAGACUUUGAAGAAGAGGAAUUGAUUGUCCAUCUCUCCAUCAUCUCCCUUAAUGACGUGCUUCCUUCUGACCCCCACUCGUUUUAUCCACACUUGCACGGACUUGGGGUCAGAUAUUACUCCACAGCCAUUCUGAGUGACCAGUUUUGUAAUGGAGAUGAGGACACCGGUUACCACUCCAGAGAUGUGGAAACAGAUGGGGUUGCAGAUUGUGGAUCUCCAGCUCACUAUCCAUGGACCCGUUGGUCAUCACUUCCUGCUCUCAGAACAGGAAUGGUGUGUUUGUUGGGGAACUUUAUUCCUUCGGAGGGCUCGGGGAUUCCUUUAAGCUCGGUCCGAGUAGCUGGAGAUCAGAUAACCAAGAUGGAAUCGGAUCAUUCUUUCAAAGUACUUCCAUCCCUGUAUAGUGACUUAGAUUAAUCUUCAAUUCUGUUGCCUUAAUCCAAGCUGUUUCUCAGCCUCGCCAUCUUAUUUUUGUUCACCCCAUUUCUGACGGACAUGGAAAGGUGACUGAAGUUGUGUGUCUUCCAAGAUCCAUGAAGCCUGACUGCCCUGUUCUGUAUACAUGACCUAACGGAUGCUUGUGAUUUGGCUCGUGUUGGUCUGAUUGCUGUGCUUCCAACAGCAGCAUACGAUGUUACCACAGUUACACUACCAUUCAAAAGUUUGGGGUCACCCAGAUAAUUUUGUGCUUUCCAUGAAAAGUCACACUUUUCUUUCCCACCAUAAGUUGUAAAAUGAAUAGAAAAUAUAGUCAAGCCAUUUUUCUGGCCAUUUUGAGCAUUUAAUCGACCCCACAAAUGUGAUGCUCCAGAAACUCAAUCUGCUCAAAGGAAGGUCAGUUUUAUAGCUUCUCUAAAGAGCUCAACUGUUUUCAGCUGUGCUAACAUGAUUGUACAAGGGUUUUCUAAUCAUCCAUUAGCCUUCUGAGGCAAUGAGCAAACACAUUGUACCAUUAGAACACUGGAGUGAGAGUUGCUGGAAAUGGGCCUCUAUACACCUAUGGAGAUAUUGCACCAAAAACCACACAUUUGCAGCUAGAAUAGUCAUUUACCACAUUAGCAAUGUAUAGAGUGCAUUUCUGAUUAGUUUAAAGUGAUCUUCAUUGAAAAGAAGUGCUUUUCUUUCAAAAAUAAGGACAUUUCAAAGUGACCCCAAACUUUUGAACGGUAGUGUAUCUAUGGAUUAAAACCUUUUUGUUUGUUUAAAAUCUUUCAGACCUCAGGAAUUUCACACGGUCCACACUUUUGCUCUUUCCAAGCAUUUAAUAAGACCUGGGGUGUAAAAAUGAGCAAAAUAUAGAUGGAGGGUUCAUGUAUGCAGGACAGGUUAGUUCCUGUCAUCUCCACACAACUUAUUUUUUUUUUCUUCCCCCCCAUUUCUUGAAAUUAACAAGAUAAAAAUGUAGCUUGUCAUUUUGCCCAGAAACUGCAAGCUGCUGUCUUUAUUAGUGCUAUUGCUAUCAGUGUUUAAGGUCCUCGACUACAAACUUGCAUAUGGAAUCAUUUGGUCUCACCCGAGUACUAUACCCUAUUUUAUGUAUGAAUAAAUCAGAAGGAAAGGCCGUCAAUCUGUUGUUGAUAUUGACGUAAUCUGAAGUUGGUGCUGAUUUUGGGAUACUCUCAUGCAGCAGUGUGACUCAUUUCAGUAGGCAGUUAUAAAUCAACUAUUGGUUUUACCCCCUGUGGCUUCUCUUCUGUGCAAAUAUGAGAAUGGGGAGGGGAACUACACAAGUAUAGCCCCCUCCCCUGCCCUCACUGACUCAUUGCCUGUCCUUGCUCAGUUUCAACUCACUUUACUGUGCACUUUAUGAUGGUAUUUUUCUAGAAGGGUUGCAAACCAAAAUUAGGCCCUCAGGAGCAAUGCUGACUUUUUGCUAAGUCUUGACAUGUUGCUGUGCACAACUUUUUUUAAUUGUAAUGACUUUCACCCCUUUAGUGUCUGAUUUAUGCCAGUGGAAAGAAAUGUAGCUGUGCUGCAAGUCGACAGAAGGGGAUUUCAUUGUGUUUUGUGCCAUGCGUGAUUCUGAUGAAGCCUGUAGUGAAUUAUUCCUUCAUUAACGUAUGCAAUGCAUAAAUCAAAACUGACAGGUUUUGUUGUUGCAGUUUUAAAUGUCAAGUUUCAAGUUGACCUGAGUGAAAAGCAGGAGUGUGACAGGAAAAUGAGUGCUGCUUUAAUUAAGCCACAACCCUCAAAAACAAGCACGAGCGAGUAAGAGCCUGCUACCACAGGAGGUGAAUGUGAGCGAGAACCUCCCCCCUGCAUUUGAGGUUUUAUACUGAUGCUGUACCUGCACUGACGUUUGGAUGUCUUUUAAGCUUAUGAUUCACUAAUACAUAGAUGAUUGAACAUUUAUUAAUGUGAAAUGUUAAUAUUUCUCUGUAAUUGAUCAGUGUAUUUUUUCUAAUAUAAAUAUAUUUUAAAAAAAGUGAAGUACUUGAUGCGGGUGUCAGCAAAACAGUUCAUUAUUUUAUAUUUAAUAUUGUUACACUAUGCUUGCCAUAUUGCUGUGACUUGCUGUGCUGUGUUUCCGUGCCAGCUCAAAGACACACGCAAAGUUGUUGCCACAGGAUGAAGUGCAUGAUCAAACUGCUCUGUAACUCCAUACCUUUUUAUUUAAAAAAAAAAAAUACAGCAGAAGCUCCCAAUUUUGUUAAUGUGAUGGUUCAUAUUCAUAUACUAUAGACAGCUGUAACUCACUCACCUAUUUAUUUAAAAAAAAUGUUGAGAGAAGCUGUUUAUAGCUGCAAUAAUGAAAGUUUUAAUAGGAACUUGUUUAAUAAACAUUUGUAGUGAA